CGCCGUUUUCAUUAUGCAACUUCGAAGGCACCAAGCCUGAGUAUUGCCCAAAGUUAUUAGAUCUCAUUGAUCUGGCAAACUUGCGGUCUCACCAUUACAAUGGCUACUCCAGUAUAUCUGGCCUUGAGCAGACCACAACACCUGUCCGCCAUAACCAAACUCCCCGCCUGCCUCCGCACAUUCUCUGUCCUCAACCGCCCAUCCCCAAACUACCCGGGCCACGUUCCGCUCACACAUAUCGAGCGCGGCGCACUUGCAAUCGGCUCCGCACUAUGGUCUUAUGUCGACCCAACCCGAGGCGACCUCAUCGCUGCCCUCGGCGAAGCCACUGCACAACCUUACUUUAUCACAAAGCUCCGCGACACUAUGCUCUCACAUCCCACAGGGCGACGGCUGCUCAAAGAUCGACCACGCAUAACAAGUAAGAGCUUGAACGUAGAGUAUCUGAGGAGCUUGCCAGAGAAUACUGUGGGAAGGGUGUAUGUUGGGUGGUUGGAUAGAGAGGGUGUCACGCCGGACACGCGGAGCGCGGUGCGAUAUAUCGAUGACCCUGAGUGCGCAUAUGUCAUGCAGCGAUAUCGCGAGUGUCAUGACUUCUAUCAUGCGCUAGUAGGGCUGCCUGUGAUUCGCGAGGGUGAGGUCGCGCUCAAAGCGUUCGAGUUCGCGAACCUGGGAAUUCCGAUGACGGGCCUGAGUGUGUUCGCAGUUACAACACUGAAGAGAAAGGCGUUUCAAAGGUUCUGGGAGGUGUAUGGACCGUGGGCGGUAAGGAACGGGGUAAAUUCUGAGAGCGUUUUGAACGUCUAUUGGGAAGAGGAAUUGGAAACGGAUGUGCAAGCUCUAAGAGAGCGAUUGGGCAUUGAGAUGCCACCAGACUUGAGGGAAAUUCGAAGGGCGGAACGAGAGAAGAGCAAGAAAGAAAAGGAGCGAAGCGCAAGUGCAGGUGCAUCGUAAACUUGUAAUGUAUUGCAAUUAGAGUAUGCAUUCCCUUGUACAUAUCUGAGCCAUACAGGCUAUGAACGAUUUUUUGACUCCCAACGCCAACCCGCCAAGAACACAGAUCUCGAGUAUGUUUUUCGAAGUCCGCUUAUAGGCCUUCGAGUAGAUCGUCAUCGUCAUCCCACCUCGAGCCCUUCCUUUGCACUGUGAUCUUCUCUUCC